AUGACCAGAAUUGGUAAAGAUAAAGAUCAACUAAUUGAUGAAGAGCCCCAUCCACAAUCAAACAGCAAUAAUAAUAAUAAAUUAAAUUGGUCAAAUAUAAAUAAACAAUACUAUAAAUAUAUCAAUUCAAUCGUAAAUGAAAUUAAUAUCCCACCACGGAGAGAACUUAUGUCCACUAUUUCUAGUCAGUGCCCAUUCGAAUUGAACUUUAAAGUAAAAUGGUUAUACGAAGCAUGCAAAGCAAUUCAUUCAAUAAAAUUUUAUAAUAGUGAUAAAGAAGUUGUUGAAGUAUCAAAGAAAAAUGGUGGUGGCUAUUUAAGAACAAACUUUUUUAUCAGUCAAGAUGAACUAGCUGAAAUAUUCUAUUUAGAAAUUGGUAAAUUAUCAACUCUAUACUCUAAAAGUAUUCAAUAUUAUUGUAUCUUUGGCAACAAUGAGUUUCAAACUAUAGAGUUUUCAAAUAGUGGGUUUAGAAUAAGUAAGCAAUUGUUUUUAAACUCUUUCAAAUAUGGAAAAUACGAACUAUUAAAUGAAUAUUUAUUAAAAACUAUUGAAAAAUAUCCAGAAAAUGUAAUCAUUACAACAGUUCAACAAGAGUUGGAUCCAGAGAUAUAUAAUUCAAGUAAAAAUAGUGUUGCAAAAGAAAAAGUCACAAACAAAUCACUUUCACUCUUAUUUAAAUACUAUAAUGAUUUAAUGGAUGUUUUAAAACAUAGAGUUUACAACUUUAAAACCUUACAUAUUAACUCAAUAAUGGAUAAAAAGAAAAUAGAAAAAUAUAGGAAAUUAUUCAUCUUUAUCAAAUCAGUAAAAGACAAGGUUUUUUUCAAAAUCUUAUUAUCAAAUUAUUUAAGAGUGUUUGUUAGAUUCGACUUUGAUAAGUUAAUAGAAGCCAUUUAUGAAACUGAUAAUGUUAGAGCCAUGUCAAGUCUGUAUGAAACAUUGGAAGAGCUAAUUAUUAACGAAAGGAUAUAUACGAUAGAUACAGUUGCAUUUAGAUUCGAAGGAUUUAUAUCAAAAUACCAUAGCUACAAGGUUUCGUCUUAUAUUUUAAAAAAAUUCUAUUUUUCUAAAAGCAAUAGUGCAAUCAAUUUACAAAAAGAAUUAGAAAAAGCAAAAAAUUGUAAGCACGUUUCAAUAUUAUAUUCUAACAAAGUUUUAAAUAGCAAGGUAAAUAUCAGUAGUUAUUCAGAUGAUAAAAUAAUAACUUCAGAUUUGGUAUGGAACUCAGUAAUGAAUAGACUAAGCAAAGAUAGGGAAAUUUUACAAUUAGAACAGCAAGAAGUUUUACCUCCAGAAAACAAAAAUAACCAUGAUGAAAAUACAAUAAACUACAGGGAUUAUGUAAACAAAUUAAAUUGGUCCAAAAUUUUUAAAAACUGUUUCAGAUUUAUCAAAAUCAUAAACGAACUAAAUAUACCACCUCCUCUAAAGAACUUUAAAUUUUUCUCACCCGAAAGCUGGAGACUAUUAAUGUCAACACCUUAUAAUUGUAUCGAAAUAUCAAAGAGAAAUGGUGGUGGUAUUUUAAGGAUUAAUUAUAUCGUUACCCAAGAUGAAAUAGAUAAAAUGUCAUUUUCAGAAUAUGAAUUAAAUUUAAGAAUUACAGAAAUCGAUUUAACACAAAGUAUCAAUUUAAAAAUCAAAAACCUAUUAAGAUCCUAUUUAGAAAUUGGUAAAUUGUCAACUCUUUAUUCAAAAAACAUUCAGUAUUAUUGUAUAUUUGGGAACGAUGAAUUUCAAACUAUUGAAUUUUCAAAUGAAACAUUUAGCAGCUUUCAAAUUAACCCAAAUGCUAGUUCAAAUUUCAAUGGUAUAUUAAUUAAUAAAAAAUUAUUUUUAAACUCUUUCAAAUAUGGCAAAUACGAACUAUUAAAUGAAUAUUUAUUAAAAUCAAUUGAAAAAGAUCCAGUAAAUGUAAUAAUAUCAACAAUUCAACAUGAAAUAGAUAUUAUUACAAACCAAAACAAUAGCAGCAAAUUACCAUCACUUUUAUUUAAACAUUGUAAUAAUUCAGAUAGUCAAGAACAGUUUUUAAAACAAAUUUUUUUAAUAAUAAAUAAUAAUAGUAUCAUGAUAUCACAUAAACUAAACCCUCAUUUUAUAUUAUCAUUAAUAAUUUUAACUGAUGAUAUUAAUUUAAUUAAUUUCUCAGCUCAAUUAUUUAAAGAUUUAUUAAAGACUAAUAAUAAUGGCAAUAAAAACUUUAAUAAUAAUAAAUCAGUACUUUCAAUUGUCAAUAAUUAUAAAAACUUAUUAUUAUACACACAAUCAUCAAAAACAUUAAAACUUCUAUUAGAACUAUUUAACAAUCAAAACUUUAAUAAAAAAGAGCUCUUUGAUUAUCAAGUAUGGUUUUUUAAUGGUAGAUUAGAUUUAUUAUCAACUUUCAUAGAGUUAAAUUGUGAUUCAUUAAGAUUUAUUUCAUUAAAAGAAUGCAAUUUUAAACCAAACUCCAAACAAUACAAGAACUAUCUAUCAUCGUGCAAGUAUGCUAUAUCAAGAAAAGAGUCAUUCCAGUUUAGCACUUCAAUAAUUAAAGAAUCAGUACUUCACACAAACUUUUGCAAAGAAAGAUUUACCACCUCAAAAGAUAUUGAAAAUUUUAAAUAUAUAAUUGAAAAUACAAAUGAAACCUAUAGACCAUUAGAAUUAUUAAGCCACUUGCCCUAUGCAAUAAAUCUACCAAUUGCAAAAUUUUGCUCAUGGAUAAUAAACAAUAGAUUUUUUGAUAUAAGAAACAACAGAUGUAUUGUAAAUAGGUCAGAAAUCAAACUAUUAGAAUACUAUGCAAACAAACUUACUAUAGAAGGUGGUCCAUUUAGUCACUUUAUUGCAGAUUCAAAGUCAGUAUUAGAUGCCAUUGCUUCAUGUGGAGACUUUGGAACCAUACAACAAGUUUACAACAGAUUUACAACAGAGGAAAAGAAACUUGAUCAAAAUCUAAUAAAAACAUUUAUAGAGUUGGGUGACCAUAGAAUACUAAAACUAUUUGACUGGAAUAAUAAAUUCUAUAAAAAAACAUUGGUAAAACUUGCCCUGUACCAUGACCAUGUUGUAGUGGUAAUAUCAAUUUUCAGAACUAACUUUAUCAUAGAUAAUGAUAAAUUGAAAAGAAGUUCAUAUAGAAACAAAUACUCUAGUCUUGAUUAUUUAAAACUAUCCGCUUAUCAAGUGACAGAAAAUGUUACAUUUUUUAAUUAA